AUGAAGAAAAGAAUCGACACAUUGAGAAAAAAAGUAUUUAGACACAAAAUAUUAGCUGAAUGUCAACAAGAAAAGGCAGAAGUUAUAGAAAAAGAAAAUACUCAUGCUCCUUUUCGGACGGACCUUUUGCCCAAAUUGUUAGAGACGCUUUAUAAGAAGUGUACGACGAACAUUGAAAGGAAUGUAAUAAAAAAAAUUGUAAAUGACCCUUUGGUCAAAAGUUACAAAUUAAAAACACGAUGGGCUCGAUAUUUAGGCUUGAAAGGCAGAAUCCGCAACCCAGCAGCCAAAACAAAAAAACAAAAAUACAUUGCCGAUAAGAUAGAACAAUUUUUUUUACGUGACGAUAUAAGUCGAGCAACAGCUGGAAAAAAGGAGACCAAGACCCUAAAUAAAACAAAAAUGCAAAAGAGAUUGCUCCUCGACACGUUAAAAAACAUACAUAAAAAAUUUGUAAAUGACACCGGGUUAGCAAUUUCUUAUGCAACUUUUAUAAGAAGAAAACCAUUUUAUGUUUUGAGCCCGAAAUUGUCGGAUAGAGAUACUUGUGCUUGUAGAAAGCAUGCGAAUAUGCAUUUCAAAUUUAUUUCAUUGAAAAAAGCUUAUGUGUUGGUGUUCUAUAAUAAUUUGAAGGAAGCAGUAAAAGCGACUGUUUGUGAUAAGAAAUCAAGAAGCUGUAUGUAUUCCGAAUGCACGGUUUGUGCAGAAAAAAAAAUUAACUAUGACUAUUCAUCAACAAAUCAGGAUGCUAAUAUAUCUUGGAUAGAAUGGAACCUCAAAAAUCAUGAAUACGAUAAGAAUGGUGUAAAGAAAGUGUCUAAAAGGAUGUUAAAGGAGAUCAAGCAAGAUUCUUUAAAAAACUUGACAGAGAAGUUUGAGACGGAAUUUAAGGCUUAUAAGGUGCAUUUAUUUAACAUCACUCAUCAGUAUAGUACUUACAGAGAAUUGAAAGAUAAUCUUAAGUCUAAUGAAAUGAUCCUACAUUGCGAUUUUUCAGAAAAUUAUGCUUGUAAAAUGCAUCAGGACGUUCAGGCUGUCCAUUUUGGCGGUUCACAGCACCAAAUAUCUUUGCAUACGAGUGUACUGUACAAAAAUAAUGAGAAAGCUCAAUGCUUUUGUACAUUUUCGGAUUCCAAAAGUCAUACACCCGAAGCAAUAUGGGCACAUCUGCAGCCUAUUUUGAUCUAUAUUCAAGAUAAUUAUCCCGCAGUUACUUGUUUGCACAUAUAUUCCGAUGGACCAUCAUCCCAAUACAGACAGAAGAAAAAUUUUUUCCUUUUUAACAGUGUUAUGCAUCAUUUUGGUCUAAAUGGUACCUGGAACUACUUCGAAGCGUCGCACGGUAAGGGCGCGGCUGAUGGAGUAGGAGGAUAUAUAAAAAGACUACUAGAUAGGAAAGUAUUACACGGAAUUGAUAUAAAUACUGCUCAAGACGCAUAUACGCACACAAAAGAUACAUGUAUAGAAGUGUAUAAUAUUGAAGAAAGUGAAAUUGAAGAAAUUACAGACAAUUACAAAGAAGGUUUAAAUUCAUUAAUAGCAGUACCUAAUACGAUGAAAAUCCACCAGAUUUUGACAAAUAUUGACAAAAAUAUAAUUUCAUACCCUGAAAAUGUAAGUUUAAUUAGUGAAAAAAUUAAUCAUUCUGAAAAUAUAGCACCUGCAUCAUCUGAAGAAAUAUUUGGCAUACAAUCCACAAAGAAAGUUGUAGAAAGGAGCCAUCCGACUCCGAAAGUAACUAUUCUAGAAUCAGUUAAAAUAGUGAUGAUGAACAUUAAUUUUACUAAAUAUAAUUAUGCCGCUAGUGCUAACGGUGAAUAG